GCCCACCCCCUAAACACUAGACGAUAAACAGGGAGGGUUAGGUACCAGUCGAAGUGCCAGAAGGGUUGGUCCCCCAUCUCGGAAGGUUUAGCGUCUGUUGCUUUGCUGGCUAGCACGGAGAUAGCAUGUCCCGUGUUGUUGCAACGCGGUGAAAGGCAGACGACACACGCCAACAUUGUCAGCAGCUACAGAGGAAGUGUGUGAUCUUUCUGUGCUGCAUCAAUCGCCAACUUUUGUGCUGGAAGCAACUUCCACACGCAAACAUCAAAAAUGUUGGAAAUAUUUCGCGAUACCCCUAUUGGGCACCUGAUUCGCUUCCUCUCCAAGAACCGUCUCCUCCAGUACCCCGAGGAAGCUGCCGACUUUGCGCUGCCAGUCGAGGCAAAGCGCGACGCUGGAAGCAACUCAUCGGAUCAAGAUGUCGUCGUGAUUUCAUGGUACGGCGACGACGACGCGGCCAAUCCGCAAAACUGGUCCAAGAUCAAACGUGCCGUGGUCUCGUUUGUGCUGUGGUACUACACGUUUACCGUCUACGCCACGGCGUCCAUCUACAUCAACUCCAUCGGUGGCAUCAUGGAGGAGUUUGGCGUCGGCACGAUUGCUGCCACACUGGGCUUCUCGCUCUACGUGCUGGGCUAUGGUAUCGGGCCCAUGGUGUUUUCACCGCUGGGCGAAAUUGCCGCGAUUGGGCGCAACCCGACGUACAUUCUCACCAUGAUUGUCUUUGUCAUCCUCUCCAUUCCGACCUCGUUUACUCCGACGUAUGCGGGAUUGCUUGUUCUGCGUUUCCUGCAGGGCAUCUUUGGAUCGCCGUGUCUCGCGACUGGCGGCGCCACGGUUGCCGAUAUGUACAGCAUGGCGGUGCUGCCGUAUGCAAUGCUGGCGUGGGUAUCUGCGUCGUACUUUGCCCCUGCUUUAGGACCAUUGCUGAGCGGAUUCAUUGCUCCUGCGACGAAUUGGCGCUGGGCCUUGCAUACAUCGCUAAUUCUGUCGGCGUUUGCCCUCGUGCUUAUGCUCCUGUUGCUCCCAGAGACGAGCCACGACAAUAUUUUGCUUCGACGUGCGGCACGAAUUUCACGAGCGACAGGUGUGCGUGUGCUUGCGCCGAGUCAAGCGCGCAAGACAAAGCUGGAUGCCAUGGGUGUGUUUGUCGAUGCCAUCAUCAAGCCGUUGGAAAUCAGCAUCAAAGAUCCUGCCAUUUUGUUUGUGCAGAUAUACACGUCCAUCAUCUACGGCAUCUACUACUCUUUCUUUGAGGCAUUCCCACUUGUGUACCCAACAGAGUAUGGUAUGAGCACAUCUCAGCUCGGCCUCGUCUUCCUGUGCAUUCUAGUAGGUGGUGGAAUCGGCAUCCUCAUCUACAGCAUGAUUGUGUAUUCUAUGAGUGGCAAAGCCACCACAGUCAACGAGAGCCGACUGGUCCCUGCACUAGGCUUCGUCUUUGCGCCGACGAUUGGCCUGCUUCUGUUUGCGUGGUCGGCACGCAGCUCUAUCCACUGGAUUGUGCCGACAAUUGGCAUCACCAUGUUUGCGGCUGGUGGCUUUGUGGUGUUCCAGUGCAUCUUCAUCUAUGUGCCCAUCAGCUACCCUCAGUAUGCGGCGAGUUUAUUUGCCGCCAAUGGCUUCUUUCGCAGCACCCUUGCGGCCGGUAGCGUGCUCUUUGCGCAUCCUCUAUUUGACAAUCUGGGCAUUGCACGGGGAGUCAGCUUGUUGGGGGGACUGAGUGUGAUUGGUAUUGUUGGUAUGUGGCUGCUGUAUGGCUAUGGUGCCAAGUUGCGAGCCAUGAGUAGAUUUACCGCCUAAGCACAUCUUUUUGCAAUGUGUAGUAUAUUUUGAAAGUCAUCAUGUUUACGAGGCGU